AUAAAAGUUAGACAAAUUAACAAAAUGACAUGUUUUUAUUGCGUAAAAGUUAGGCCAAAGGUCCUCUGGAGUAAAAGUCAACGCAAGUGCUUCUAGAGGGAAAAAUCCCUUUAAAAGACGUAUACAAGUAACCUCUCUGCUGUUUGGCGAGCUAACAUAUCUGCCUGCGUGUUUCUCACCCAGCCAGCGACAUUAGCAUAAUUUGUGAGUGACGCUGAGCUGUUUGAUGGGGGAAUCAACGCGUCCGCAUGUCAAGCCCCGUUAUUUCCUCCGUUACAGCCCCGUGAGCGUCGCUGCUACCCGGUGUUGUUGUCAACAACAGAAUGAGUUUAGACCCACUGAGAUAGCCACUGCCGCCACCACAACUAUUACUGUCGGCUACUGCUGCUGCUAGCCGUGUGGAAUAAGCCCGCCGUCCGAAGCUUUCCAGAGACUGAGGCGAGGCGGGAGCUCAGACCCAAGACGGAGAGGAGGACGCGGAGGGAGAGAGGCAGGAGACCCCGGGACACGGACUGAGGGGAGAAGGAGAAGGAUAAUAAAAAGAAGGACGAACAACCACCCCAAAAUGCAAUGGGGUGAUAAUUUCGCGGCAGACCUGCUCCUCAGAGGCUGACUGACUCCGUGGCUGGCAGUGUGAGCGACUGGGGCUAAAAAAGACAGACUUUUGAGGCCAUUGUUAUCAGCCAGCAGCGGUGCAGGCAGCGCUGGUGCUGGGGCGGAGGGUGGAGGGGGGGGUGGGGGCGCGCGAGCAGGCAGCAGGCAGGCUCCCGGUAAGCUCGUUCAGCUCUUGCGCUAGCUAGCCUGCCUGUAGCCUACACCAAGCCUGUCCGUUAACUCUGACCGCAUAUCGAGCCCCCCACCGACGUCUCGUGUCCGUCCAGCUCUCUCAGCCGCCGGACGUUCAUGCCACACGGUGUCCGGUUCGCCGCCCUCGCGCAGCCCGGUGUGCCGCCGCCGCCGCUGGCUCCAGGAGGUGUUGUUGUGGCGGUGAGCUGCCGUGCUAGUCUCAGACAGCACCGGAGGAGCAGGAGGUUUGCGGACAGAAGAAGAGAGGAGGAGGAGGAGGAGGAGGGGGAGAGGAAAACGGGAGAGGAAGCGAGCGGAUUCGUUAUUUAUUAAAUGAUUUAUUAUUGUUAUUGAUUGCCUGGCGAACGUGUGUGAGGACUGAGCUGUGAUGCGGUGUUGCCGGGUGCGUGCCGGACUGGACCGGGACCACCGGGGCUAAGGAAGGUCAGAUUGCAGGGGACCGUUGGAGAGACACCGUCACGUGACCCCCGGUACCAAAUGGUCUUCCGGCAGUGGCUCUCAACAAGGACCGGAGCACAAGAAGACGCCGCCACUUCUCUCAGAAAUGCAGAAGACAACAUACUACGACAACUCCUCAACGCUUUUUGGUGGCUACUCGUCCUACCAGGUGCAGGGGGCGGCAGCAGCAGCAGCAGCAGCCGCCAACGGCUUUGGGGGCUACGAUGCCCCGGUCCCAGUGUCCCACCACCAGCCGGCCUUCCAGUCGGCAACCCAUCUGGAUGUGGAUUCGUACCAGCGCUCUGCCUGCUCUUUACAGUCACUGGGCAGUAACAGCAGCCACCAGCAGCAGCAGCAGUUAGCCAAGACCAAGGAGUUGAAUGGCAGCUGCAUGCGGCCCAGCCUGCCGCCUGAGCACCUCCCCAGCUCCCAGGUGUCCCCUCCACUGCCCCCCAACCCCAGCAAUGGUAAUAACGGGGCUCAGCAGCCGGGUGGCAGUGCUGGGGCCUCCUCAGUCUCUAAAUCAGGCCCAAAUAAGUCAUCUAAUUCUUCCUCCUCCAUAUCGUCCUCCACAUCGUCCUCCUCUUCCUCACUGCCCCCCAACCCGACCUUGGCCAAGCAUAUCUUUCCCUGGAUGAAAGAGUGUCGGCAGACAACCAAGCAGAAAAACUGUUCCCCCAGCAACAACUCUGGCAAUGCAUCAGGUGGAGCAGAGAGUGGUAGCAGCGGGGAGAAGAGCCCUACUAGUGGCUCGUCGGCGUCAUCGAAGCGGGCCCGUACAGCAUACACCAGCGCACAGCUGGUCGAGCUUGAGAAGGAAUUCCACUUCAAUCGGUACCUGUGCCGACCACGCCGCGUGGAAAUGGCCAAUUUGCUUAACCUGUCUGAACGCCAGAUUAAGAUCUGGUUCCAGAACCGACGCAUGAAGUACAAAAAGGACCAGAAGUCCAAGGGCCUAAGCUCCAGCUCUGGAGGGCCCUCGCCGACUGGCUCCCCACCCCUGACCAUGCAGUCCUCUGCCAGCUUCCUCAACUCAAUGCACCCCAUGGGAGGGGGAUCAGGCUACGACGUCCCAUCUCCGCCAUCUUUCGGCAAGCCCCACCAGGGAGUGUCUUACUCCAUGUCCACUGCCUACUCCAAUGUCCCAGUGAAGGGCUGUCCACCUCAGCAGAAGUAUGGUGCCCCAGACCCAGACUAUGGCGACCCCCAUCCCCACCACAGCCUAGUGCAGGCCAACAGCACUGGCUAUGGGACUCCCACCAAUAUGCAGGCCAGUCCAGUCUAUGUUGGGGGUGGCAGCUAUGUGGAACCCAUGCCUGGCUCGGGGCCCUCCAUGUACGGGCUAAACCACCUUGGCCCCACACCACCUCACCACCAAACCAUGGACUACAAUGGCGCAGGGCCCAUGUCGGCCGCCAACCAGCACCAUGUGGGCGGAGGGGGCCCCCCGGGUCCCUGUGACCCGCCCACACACCCUACGUACACCGAGCUGUCGGCGCACCACACCUCGACUCAGGGCAGAAUCCAGGAAGCACCCAAGCUCACUCACCUGUAGCAGGUUUGGAACAAAAUGACAACGUAGGAAAUAGUGAAGAUGACACAGAACAAGUAACUCGACGUGACUCACUAACAGACUAACUAACACGUGGGGACUCAUCUGCUGCAAUGGGACGGCAGCAGAGCCAGAAUGAGACAGAGAGGAGAUAUCCAGUGGUUUGUCCAGUGCUCUAUCGCCACAAAGGGGCACAAUCAGUGUUUGGUGUUGUCCAGCUCCGCCCUGUUUCCACUGUCAUCAUCAGUACCUCUUUCAGGUUUGGUUAGAGCUUGAGCUUUAACUUUUAUACCUUUACAGUGGAGUUAAUCUAUUUUUUGGAGGCAAAGGCUGUGCCUAUGAUAAAGUAACAGUGAUGGACUGAAACCAUUCAUGUUGCCAAAAGAGUCCAUAAAAGGCCCACCUCUGCCCUGUAAAAGUACUGAUAUCAGUGGUGGUUGCCAAAAACAUUUCCGUGGAUUUUUAAAACUUGGGCAAAACUUAUUAACCGACUCUCUACUACUAAAAAAUGAAGAAAGAACUCCAAACUCCAAACUGUCUACAAUUUAACAGUACAUUAUUAGUUUAACUUUAAAUUUAAAAAAAAAGAGAAAAGUUACUUAACUUACACAUUCAAAACUGCUUAAUGUCCUAAAACACAUUAUCAUUGAUUUAAAAUCAUUUUAGUGUUAUUUUGGCACACCUACACACUCAACAUGAACCCUCUUAGGGAAAUUUGCAUUCUCCUCAAAGUGUAUUUCUUGGUCCCAGGGCAGUCAAGCAUAUUGUAGGCGUGGGAGAUGAGGUGUACAGUCAAUUGUCUCCCACGUCCCCCCAGGGAAUGUAAGGAAGCCCAUCAUGUGGCACUGGUGUAGAGACAUAUCGGCAGCUGCAUGGCAUAACAAGAUGUGUGGUGAGCACCAUUGUUUGGUCAGUAGUCAUUAGACUGAUAAUCUACUCCACAGCACCCUCAAAACUGCACUAAGGACUUCUGUAUUCAAACAAAGGAGAUGUCAGUUUUUUUAAAUCUCUCUGUAUAAUUUUCUAGAUUAUAAAUAAUUUAAAAGAUGCAGAAGUAUUAUUCAGGAGUCACAGAAGUCGUCCUCCCUGGAUUUCUAAUGCAUUACUGAAUCAGUUUCUGUGUGGGCAGCAGUUCAGCUAGCAUGUUAAAAAAAUAAUGGUUGUGUUAGAGCUAGUAUGUGCUUUAAAAUUGUACUUUGAUAAUAAAAUCCCCCCCAAGACACACACACAUAUACAAACAGCUCUCCCGCCUGGUAAAUGAAAUAGUUGAGAUUUUAAUGGGCAGUUAACGAGGUGGUUAGAUUUAUGACGCUGAGCUCUCUCCCCCUCCAGGCAACACAUGUUGUUGUCAGCCAAGCUGAGCUAUGUGGAAGGCUCUGCCUCUCCAUCAGCUGGAGAGAGAGAGAGAGACAACAGAAAUAUAUGGCUGGAGCUGGCAUCACUUGUCUUCCUCUCUUCCCCUCGUUCAAUGAAGCACAUAAAAACCACUGGAAAGUCUACCGUCCACUGUCUCUUUGUGCCUCAUGUCGUACCCGUCUCUCUCCGUCCAGACUGAAUCACUACUAACCCUCUGUCUCCUGUCUGUGGCAGCAGCACAUGGCUUCUGAAGAAGGCAAAAAUUCUCAAAUCCGCCACAGACCCCCCCAACACACACACACACACACACACACACACACACACACACACACACACACAGACACAUGCACACACAGACACACACACAGGUCCAUCACCACACAUGCACUCACUACCCCUCCCAUCACUCUAACAGGGUUUAAGAAGCUACAAGCUCAAAGGCUAAACUAGCUCCCAUAGACACACAUCUGUGCUAAGUUACGUUAGCAAAUUACUCCUCCAUACACAAACAGCAAUGCUAAGCUAGCUUCCUUUCGUUGACACACUUCCACAGCCAGGUUACACCAGCUGUUGACAACUUCAUACAAACACAUGAGAGGACAUGGAAGAGACAUUUUACUGUUCUUAUUUUAGCACAUCAUCGACACAGGGUAAAUAAUAAGAGUGGAGAACACUAUUUAUUUAUGUUUGGGUAAGUCAUUGCCCUCUCUCUCUCUCUCUCUCUCUCUCUCUCUCUCUCUCUCGCUCUCUCUCUCUCUCACUUUGGAAGGGUUCACUUACAUUAGCAGACACUAAUGCGUGAAAGUCCACAUUUUAUGUUAUUUUGUUCUGUUCUCUCAUAUCUUGACUUUUAACGUGGAUACAGGGUAUAUAUUUGAACAAAAAUGCAUGUCCCAGAAAUCUAGGCUGAUGUGAAUGUCACACAUUUUGAAAACAGCUGGGUUUAUUUGUUUGAACUGUCAGUGAGUAGAGUUUGGGUCAACACACACGAGACCCUACCAGUCUGGUUGUGAAGACUGUAGCUGUAUGUGUGUGUGUGUGUGUGUGUGUGUGUGUGUGUGUGUGUGUGUGUGUGUGUGUGUGUGUGUGUGUGUGUGUGUGUGUUUGACCCUCACUACACCCUCUGCUCUUCUGGAAAUAAACCUGUUGUACGUUUUUUAAAAGUGCAGAUUUACACAAAUGCUUUUUCACGUCUGGGCAUCAUUGUUGCACUUAGAGUUUACAUUUUGAUGGUUAAAGGUAAAAAAUAAUAAUAAUAAAAUCUUAUUUUGAAGACGGAAGGCCCUCCAAUCAAAGCGUCUUUCGCCAAUGUGUGUUCAAGUGAACAUUCAUAUAUAAAUAUUUAUUUGUUAUAGCCGGUUUAAAAAGACUUUCUGUUUUGUAUUAUUAUUAUUUAUCCUUCAUGUAUUUAUAUCGAGAAAAAAUACUGUACUUUUUUAGUAUUUACAUGUUAUGAAAGAAAAAAAAAACAACAUUGUGUUUCUUCUUGUCCAUUGUACUGAAGUUACAUUUUUUAGUUCUUGUAUUUUAGAAGAAAAUAAGUAGUUUUUAUGUUCCUAUAAUGACCCUUGUACAUAAAUGUCUUGGCUUGUACAAGGAAAAAGGCAUGGAUGGGGAUUGGUGACCUAUCCAUGCAUAGUCGGAAAUUUAGACAAAAUAUUAGCUGGAAAAAAGAACAAGUCUUUUUGGAGAAAAACAACUUCUUUCUUUGUCCUUUGUAGCUCCUUUUUCUUUCAUUGUUGGGAGAGUUGUCUGUCGAACAAUUCUUUAAUAAAAUGUUAUGUUAUUCACA